GGUACCUACAGGAAGUUAGGUAUAGGUAUUACUCCGUCUUCCAUUCACCUGAUAGUCCGUGUUCCCUUCUUGAACGGACAAACAGCAUCAGUCGAAUUGGAUUCGUCCAAACGAGUUUCACUUUCCCGUGUUUGUUUGCCCUUUAUUAUUGUACUCCCAUCUUAGGUUCCCGCUCCCGUCUCGCUCGGCAGGGUCAAAACAAACCAUUUCAGGAGCCGCGUCAGACAAGACUCGUCAAGUCAACACGGACAAGUUGAACACAAAAAGGCCUGUCGAUCCCCCCACGAUUUCCAUCACUUGACUCAUCUCAUCAUCUUUCCCACCUUCAUAUAACGUCAACCACUAUCAUGGCUGCCGAACAGGAUAAGACCGUUCCCGCAGAGAAGCCUGCAGCUCCCUCUGAGCCCACCGCUGAGGCGCCUGCAACGGUCGUUGAUGAGAAGCCUAUUCAAGAUGAGUCCAAAACUGAGGUUUCUGCUCCCGAAUCGCCUCUUACCAAGCUUAAUGCUCGCCUUGAUGAUAUUUUCACCGAGACACUUCACAAGGAGAUGUGGGGUGUUCAGCUCUCCAACAUUGACCACGUCCCAACAAAAGUCGUCCUGCAGAAGUUUCUCCGCGCCAACAAUGAUGACCCCGUGGCAGCUGAGAAGCAGUUCACUCAGGCCCUUGAGUGGCGCAAGAAGAUGAACCCUACCGCACUCGUCACUCAGACUUUCGACAAGAGCAAGUUUGGGGACUUGGGCUUUGUCACUGUUCACAAGGGAGAGAAUGGCAAAGAGACCAUCAUCACCUGGAACAUCUACGGUGCUGUCAAGAACAACAAGGCCACUUUCGGCAAUGUAGAGGAGUUCAUCAAGUGGCGCGCUGCCAUCAUGGAGCUCAGCGUUCAGAAGCUCAAGCUCGACCAAGUCACUGAGCCCAUUCCCGAGGGAGGCGAGGAUCCUUAUCAGAUGAUCCAAGUUCACGACUACCUCAAUGUCAGCUUCUUCCGCAUGGACCCCGCCGUCAAGGCCGCCAGCAAGGAGACAAUCUCCGUCUUCUCAAUGGCUUAUCCGGAGCUGCUCGCGCACAAGUACUUUGUCAAUGUUCCCGCCAUUAUGGGAUGGAUGUUUGGCGCGAUGAAGCUCUUCCUUGCGCCCGCUACCCUCCGCAAAUUCCACCCCAUGACCUCUGGCACUACACUGGCCACUGAGCUGAAGGGUAUCGUUUCAACCCUGCCCAAGGAAUAUGGUGGUCAAGGACCUAGUGUCAAGGAGGGCAUGUCUGUCUCGUUGACUGAGGCUGGUGAGACCAAGGCUGAACCUUCACCUGCUGCGGUCCCCGAACAAACUGCUGGUGCCGACUCUGCCACUGCUGAGAAGACUGCCGUAGCUCCCGAGUCGGCUCCCGCUGGUGAGAAGAUCCUCACUGCUGAGCCUAUCGUGCCCCCCGCCGCUGCUCCGUCUCCUGCUGCAGAGGCUGUCCCAGCCCCAAUUCCAGCUCCUGUAGAGGCAGCCAAGGCCGAGACUGCUGAGCAGGCUGUCGAGCAAGCUGGAGAGAAGCCCAUCGAGGAGGCCCUGGAGAAGCUGUCCGUCAACCCAGCUGAGUCUGAGAAGAAGGAGACUCUUGCUACCGAUGCUGAGAAGAAGGAGACGGCUGCCUGAGCAGUAUUGUGUGCGAGAAAAAAGGUGCGAAGGAGAGAGUGAAGGAUACCAAGAAACCGUGUGAUUUCAUACCAUAAACAAUACCCCAUUCAGUUGUGAGGAGCGCACCAGAGGUGAAAAUCACUGCCUAGAGAUGUUAUAGUUCUAAAAUAGACUGAGAUUAAGAAUCGAGAUGCUAGUUUUGUCUG